AGAUUUUCAUUCCAAUCCAAGCAUUAAGAGUAAAACAUGCAGAUCUUCGGAAUAUGCCUUCUCUUCUGCCUUGUGUCUAUUCAGGCAAUUCCAGCUCCUGGUGGUUAUAAAGCAGAAUAUUGGAGUGAGGAUUACAGCAACACUCCAUCUCCGCAAGAGAAAGAAAAGUUUGGUGUGACUCGUGGGUUGGUUGAUCCUGAAGAUACUAUUAUAGAACUAUCAACUCCUGUUGAUCCUGAAGCUACUAUUAUAGAACUAUCAACUCCUGCACCGGAGGUUGAAAAUCAAACAUUUCGAUUGAUUCCUGGUGCUGAGAAUGCUGCUGAAAAUGAAGAUAUCACUGAGGAUGAGAAUGAUAUCUAUGAUGAGUAUCUGAUGUGAAAGAAAUUUUAAUUAAAUCAAAAAAUAGUGUUUAACCAAAA